AAGGUAGCUACCUACCCAUUUGUCUGCAAUGAUUUAAUUUUCAUGUUUUCCCCCAAUUCUAACUACUCUAAGAACAAUUUUUUGUCUACGAAAUCGGUGACUGUGAUCUCGCCGGAAAAAUCUAUCGCCGGCUAAAUAUGUUGUCAUCUACAUUGAAACCAGUAGUGGGUUCACUUCCCACAGCGCCAGAACAAAAUGGGUCUCAACCAAGAUCGGCACCUUCACUAUCUAUGCUGAAGUUGAACAAAACUAUUCUUCCUCCUCUUCAGUUGACAGGCAAUGGAAAGGAGUUACCUCGGCAGGAGACAACCGCAACUGCUGUUUCAAGAAGAGAAUUGAUAGGUUUGGCAGCUACAACAUUAGGUGGACUUGCCCUUUUUGCUGCGGAACCUGCAGAGGCACUUGAAGUAGCUGAUAUCGGGAGUUCAAUCAAGGACCUGUUUGAAUUUUUCAAGGGCAAACCAAAAUCUGGAGCUGACAACGAAAAGAAACCAAAUAGCGAAACUGAUGAUAAGAAGCCAAAAAUGGAGAAGUCCAAAGUGGAAAGCCAUGGAAAUAAACCAAAGGCUGAAGUUGAUGAAAAGAAGCCAAAAAAUGGAGAUGAUAAGAAGGCAUCAACCCCUCAUCAAUCAGACAAGGAAAAAGUGCUAGCUUCUUCUGCUGCUGCACCAACCCUUCCCAACAUUUUGAAUAACACAGUUCCCUAAGUUCUCAUUUAGAAAUACUGUUGUGCUCAGAUACAUUUUCUUCAAACUCUUCUAAUGCUACAAUUCAUUGUUGCUAAACUCAUGUCUAAAUGAAACCUUAGACAAGGUUUGUAUGGAUCAAUGAGUUCAAUGUCGAGACUAUUGAAGUAUUUUCAGUUCAAA